AUGAGGAGUGAUAUCAUCGAGCCUCUAACCACCGCACUCGAUGAUCUUGAACUAGAAAUAAACUCUUACAUGGACUACAUCUCAGGACUUUCUCUGAACUUUAUUCAUUCCGAUGAGUUGAUAUUAACCGUCGGGAAGUCAAACACUGUCUACAACUUUUUGAAGGUUAUCCUGGGUUGCAGCGCUGUAUAUCCCGAUGGAUCACUGAAGGCUCAGAGUGGGACAUUCGGCGCUAUGCUAGCAGCGAAACAUUUUUCUAUUCCGACCUAUGUGUGCCUUCCCCCGUACAAAAUCUCUCCUAUCAACUUCAAUCUGGUCUCCGUCUCCUCCUCCAACGCGAAAUUGACUAACUGUUUGGCGAAGUGUACGCCGGCCGCUUUGACCACCUCCCUGGUCACCUCUGAUCUGUCUGUGGAAUGGUUAGAUGCACCAUCGCGCCUGUUGCCGACGGACCUCAUAGAGAGGACCGACAGAGCCUGUGAGACACAGACAAAACUGCCGACACCUACUGUUUGGAUGCCUAAGUGGGACUUUAUCCCACCCGGUUUGACAAGUCUUUUUCUCACUACUGCAGGUGGCCAGGCGCCUUCCUAUCUUUAUGCUAUGGUGCGAGAACUGUUCCAUCCCGAAGAUAUCACCGAAUCGAUGAACUGGGUUCAAGGUUGA